GAACUCACAAUAAUAACAAUCGCCGAUGUCCUCCGUCAAGUCGUAAUUGUAUCUACGCUUCUAGACAGAAGAUUUAUUGCUUCAUAGUCAGUACCGCUACGUAUCUGGGAGUUCUCUUGUGUGAGCAUUGGGUAUAUUACAUCUGACGAGAAGCCAUUCGGAUUCAAUACCAAUUUGCUGAUCCUUUGAGGAUUAAACCUUCACAAUAUGAAUAACGAUUUGCAGGAUCUGUGCUCACUGGUCCGGACUCAUCCUAUAAUCGACAACCAUGCGCACAAUCUACUCACUGCUGAAAAUGCACUCGACUACGAAAAGUAUCCGCUUGAGUCAAUCACCUCCGAAGCUUCAGGCGAAGCCCUCAAACAAGCACCCUAUACUUUGUCACACCGACUUGCGGUCAAGCAGCUUGCAGAACUAUUUAAUUGUGAUCCAAACUGGGAGGCAAUAAAAGCUGCACGUAAGGAACGGGUUACUGCAAACUAUCAUGGAUUAGUGCAAAAAUGCCUUGAUGGGACAUUUUCGCUGUUGUUGGAUGAUCUGUUGACAGAUUGCGACAUUGAAGAUUACAGGUGGCACAAUCAGUUCGUCGGGUCGCCGUCUGGUCUGAGAAGAAUUGUGCGCAUUGAAGCUGUAGCAUCGCAGAUUUGCCGUGACUUUUGGGGCGAGGAAGCUGCGCCCGAACAUCGCAUGAGCAGACAUAUCAGGAGAUUUACGGGGGAGUUCGAAAUGCGAAUUAAGGAACAUUGCUUGGACCCAAUGGUAGCUGGAUUUAAAUCUGUCAUUUGCUAUCGAACAGGGCUAAACGUCGAAGCUGGUAUAAACGAUGACGAUACAUGGGAUAGCUGUCAAGAGGCGCUUCACCACAUAGUUGAGAACGACCCCUCGUGUCGUAUGGCCAAAAAGCCGCUAAAUGAUCUCUUGGUGAAUCUAACGCUACACGUUAUUCGAGAAACAGCAAGCCAGAAAGGAUCGAAGCCAAAGCCUAUACAAUUCCAUACUGGCCUCGGAGACAAUGACAUUGAUCUGGUACUUGCCAACCCGGCGUAUCUUCAGCCACUCAUUGAAAAAUUUCAUGAUGUCGACUUCGUUCUUCUUCACUCAUCAUAUCCCUACACUAGGGAAGCCGGCUAUCUCGCUUCCGUUUAUCCAAAUGUUUAUGUCGAUCUUGGCGAGGUCUACUCCAUGGUUAGCAAGGAUGCCGAACUUUCUAUUUUGCGACAAAGUAUGGAAUUGACGCCCACGAGCCGUCUAUUGUGGAGUACAGAUGGGCAUUUCCACCCGGAGACUUACUGGUUGUCAAACAAACAAUUCAGGGAUACACUUGAAACGGUCGUGGUUAAUCAUGUCAAACAAGGCAUUUUAACUGUUUCAGAAGCCAAAGACGUUGUGGUGGACAUACUCUUCAAUACCUCGAAUAAAUUGUAUAAUCUUAACCUGUCUUCUCCAAUAACAUUAUCCGAUAAAAAGAGGAGCAAUGUAGCUGACGCAUCCUUCGCCGCUCAAGCAAAGAACUUGGAUGACUUAGCUGCCCUCAAUCCAAACAUGAUAGUCUGGAUGCAAUUGGUUGAUUACACAGCUAUCAUACGCGUUCGUAUGUUUCCCAUCCGCGAAUUCCAGAAAAUCUUUAAAGGACAACGUCGGAUUGGAAUCACCAUGGCAACCCUGCACAUGUUACAAGACGACACGCUUGUGCCUGGUGGAACUGCCACCGGUCAAUUCUAUAUGAGACCGGACAUGUCUUCUUUGCGCAAAAAUGCUGCCCUCAAUUCCAACAGUGCUACUGUGAUGACAUUCUGGGAAGACGAGAACGGCGCACCAUUGGAAGGUUGUCCUCGUAUCACACUACAGCGGAUUGUCACCGCGUUGAACCCAAUUCAAGUGACGCUUGGGUUCGAAAUUGAAGUUGUCAUACUUCAUCAAAGUACGGGGGGAUGGAGCCCUCUUACAAAGAACCACUCCUGGUCAAAUAUGACGAGAGAUAUUCGUCUAAAUGCUCUCGAAUUACUGGAAACAGCUGUGACCACCCUGGCUAGCAUAGGUAUCCAUAUCGAGCAAUUCCAUGCCGAGUCUGCCCCUGGACAGUUCGAAUUCGUCCUUCCCCCUGGUGCGCCUCUAGAGGCUAUCGAUACUCUUAUCAAAGCCCGGCAGACAAUCCAGAAUGUUGCCGAAACAAACGGUCUUCGUGCUACAUUUUAUCCGCGUCCAUACUCAUUCGCCGCAGGUACUGCAUCACAUGCACAUUUCUCAAUAUCUCCAACUAUCGAAGAAGAGUCCUUCCUGGCCGGAAUUCUCACCCAUUUUUCCGCUAUAACAGCUUUUUCGUUGGCCCAAGAAGGGAGUUAUGAGCGUGUGGCCUCAGGUAUAUGGGCAGGUAGUGAGUGGGUGACAUGGGGUACACAAAACCGAGAAGCGCCAAUCCGCAAGAUUAGUACGGGUCAUUGGGAAUUGAAGCAAAUUGACGGGCUUGCAAAUAUGUAUCUCGCCAUGGCUGCGCUGCUUGCGGCAGGAUAUCUUGGAAUAGCUCAUUCUUUACCACUCACGCACAAGGACUGCCCAGUUGACGCGUCAACACUGUCCGCUGUUGAGAGACAACAGCUAGGUAUUACGAAGCAAAUUCCCAAAAAUUUGGACGACAGCCUUACGGCACUUGAAAAUAAUGAUGAUAUGUGUGCUAUACUAGGUCCAGGGUUCGUUAAAAAGUACAUCGCUGUGAAGCGAGCAGAAGCAAAUAAGUUGGCCUCUAUGGAAAGCGGUGAAAGGAUCACAUGGCUUAUGGAACGCUAUUGAACUCUCCCAAUUUCAAUAGACAAGUCUGUAUCAGAAUAUUUGAGGCAACUGAGGAUCAUCAAGUGAACGUCACAGUCAAAGUUUAUAAUUAGUAUUGCUAAUAGCAAAAAUUUCGACUA